AGGGAGAAGAAAGAAAAAGAAAAAAAGCUUUCACCCUUUAAAAUGGCGGAUCGUGUCGAGAUGGCAACAACACACUUGUCGUCUCGCCCAGCAGAGUCUCUGGUGGUUUCUCCGUUGCGAAUCUAAAUUCUCGAGAGAUUUAAUUAGGCAAGAGGAAGCGGUUUAGAGUGAACCAACACAAGGAAUAUGGGAACUCAAAUCAAUUUCGGUGGUGACCCUGGUGGGGAAGGAUUCAACCAGAUGAAGCCAACAGAUACUGCAUAUCCCUUGGCGAGACAGUCUUCGCUUUACUCACGAACGUUUGAUGAGCUUCAGAGCUUACUAGGUGGACCUGGAAAAGAUUACGGGUCGAUGAACAUGGAUGAACUCUUGAAGAGCAUAUGGACUGCUGAGGAAGCUCAGGCCAUGUCCAUGACCAUGACUUCUUCAGCUCCUACAACGAUGGUGCAACCUGGUGGGAAUCUCCAGAGGCAAGGCUCGUUGACAUUGCCUAGAACGAUUAGUCAGAAGACUGUCGAUGAGGUCUGGAAAUGUCUGAUCACCAAAGACGGUGGAGGUUGCAGCGGAGGAGGCGGUGGUGAGUCUAAUAAUGCGCCGCAGAGGCAACAGACAUUAGGGGAAAUGACACUUGAGGAGUUUCUGUCCCGCGCUGGAGUUGUAAGAGAAGAUAACAACUCUUCACAGCAUAUGGGUCAGGUCACUGGAAACAAUAACAACGGCUUUUAUGGUAACAACGGAGCUCCUGGGGGAUUAGGCUUUGAGUUUGUUCAACCAAAUCAAAACAGCAUAUCAUUCAACAAUGGUACAAUGCAGCAGCAGCAGCAGUUUCAACAACAGCCACAACAGCAGUCACGACAGCAGCUGAAUCAGUCACAUCCUCAGCAGCAGCAGCAGAGGCUGCCUCAGACCAUUUUUCCUAAACAAGCAAAUGUUGCAUUUGCUGUCAACAAGAGUUUUAAUGGGGCUGUGAAUAAUUCAAUGAACAAUACUAAUGGUUUAGCUAGUUUCGGAGGAGCCGGGGUUACUGUUGCAGCAACGUCUCCAGGGACAAGCAGCGCAGAAAACAACUCUCUGUCACCAGUUCCUUAUGUGCUUAAUCGAGGAAGAAGAAGCAAUACUGGCCUAGAGAAGGUUAUCGAGAGGAGGCAGAGGAGAAUGAUCAAGAACCGAGAAUCAGCUGCUAGAUCAAGAGCUCGAAAGCAGGCUUAUACCUUGGAACUGGAAGCUGAAAUUGAAAAGCUGAAGAAAGUGAAUCAAGAAUUGCAGAGAAAACAGGCUGAAAUGAUGGAAAUGCAGAAGAAUGAGCUGAAGGAAUCAUCGAAGAAACCGUGGGGCAGCAAAAGGCAAUGCUUGAGAAGGACACUAACCGGUCCAUGGUAAUAUCAGAACAAAGCAACAAGAGAACCAGACACCACUUGGCAAUGGCAUGGUAUUAAUGUAAUAGAGAGAUAGUGCUACAUGUGCAGGAGAUUAAGAGAAUUUUAUUAAAUCUAGGUUACAUAGUAGGACAAGUUUUCAUUAUGCAUAAAAAACAUAUUUUGUUCCAUGGCCUUCAUUAGUCUAGUGUUUAGUCUUAGAAUGAUAAUCAUCCCUUUUGUGUUUUCUAGUUUAUUGUGGUUUAUAAAAAAACAUCCUUGUUUAUA